UGAACAACUCAGUUUUUACGUGGAAACCCGAAAGGGAGAAAACCACGGGACUUUUUAGGCUAAUGUCCAAGCCCUCUCUUUCUCAUUGGGACUCUCCUCACAAUUACAUUGUACAAGCUCCCAUUAAUGGAGUAUUGAGCUAAGUCUAAAAGAAUGAGGGAGGUGGAGCUAAAAGAGGAUCCCUAAAACAUGGAGGGAAGCCUCCUAUAAAUAGGGGAAGGGGAGAAGGGGCUCUCCACCCUAAUGGGCCAAACGGGCCAGAGUGGGCCCAAAUGGCUAAAGCGGGCCGGAUGGGCCGAAAAGGGCCUAGCUGCUCGGGCCCCGUACUACGUAAAGCCUUGGACUCAUGAACAGUAAUAGGCCGGGAUGAUAUAUCCCAACACAAGUCCCCCAGUUUCUUGAGUAGUGAGCUCGCGAAUCUGCUCGAGAAAAUAUACUCUGCCUGCGCUCUUCCUCUGUCUUGCUGGAAACUGUGUCUUCACAUAAUCAUCAUAUAUGAGUGAGUGUCUGCACUCCUGAACGUAAUCUACCAGUGAGGCACCCCCCUUCCCGACAGGGUCGGGCGAAGGGUGCUCCUCCACGGGCACACUGCCCCUGAAUGCAUCAGGCGGGAGUAAAGGACUCUGACUCGAGCUUUCCAAUCGGAGAAGCUUAGAGGUCCAUGCAUCUAUAAACCGACGUCGCGGUACUGUCAAAACAUGAUGCACGUGUGUAUGUAUGAAUGUAUGAGGUAUGAUGCAUGAAUGCAUGUAAUGUAUGGGUGCAAUGUAUGAGAGAGGGAAUGCAAGAUGUGAUAGGAGCGGUAGCUCUCAACGAUAACCCGGGCAUGUCAGCGCCGAGGGGCAGACGUGCUGCAUAAGAGACGUUCGCCGCCAUCCUGAAAGGGAUGGGCGACCCUAACGUGAGCCAGACACGAUGGCGCUGGGGCGCUAAUCGUGCUGCAUAAGAGACGUUCGUCGCCAUCCUGAAAGGGAUGGGCGACCCUAACGUGAGCCAGGCACGAUGGCGCUGGGGCGCUGAUCGUGAUGCAUAAGAGACGUUCGUCGCCAUCCUGAAAGGGAUGGGCGACCCUAACGUGAGCCAGGCACGAUGGCGCUGGGGCGCUGAUCGUGCUGCAUAAGAGACGUUCGUCGCCAUCCUGAAAGGGAUGGGCGACCCUAACGUGAGCCAGGCACGAUGGCGCUGGGGCGCUGAUCGUGAUGCAUAAGAGACGUUCGUCGCCAUCCUGAAAGGGAUGGGCGACCCUAACGUGAGCCAGGCACGAUGGCGCUGGGGCGCUGAUCGUGCUGCAUAAGACGGUCGUCGCCAUCCUGGAGGGAAUGGGCGAGCCGAACCGUGAAUCCAGGACACGAUGGCGCUGAGGGGCCGAUCGUACCGCAUAAGACGUCUGUCGCCAUCCUGGAAGAGAUGCGCGAUCCGAACGUGAAAGAGACACGAUGGCGCUGAGAAGCCGAUCGUGCUGCAUAAGACGGUCGUCGCCAUCCUGGAGGGAAUGGGCGAGCCGAACCGUGAAUCCAGGUACGAUGGCGCUGAGGGGCCGAUCGUACCGCAUAAGACGUCCGUCGCCAUCCUGGAAGAGAUGCGCGAUCCGAACGUGAAAGAGACACGAUGGCGCUGAGAAGCCGAUCGUGCUGCAUAAGACGGUCGUCGCCAUCCUGGAGGGAAUGGGCGAGCCGAACCGUGAAGCCAGGUACGAUGGCGCUGAGGGGCCGAUCGUACCGCAUAAGACGUCCGUCGCCAUCCUGGAAGAGAAUGGGGCGAUCCGAACGUGAACGAGACACGAUGGCGCUGAGAAGCCGAUCGUGCUACAUAAGACGGUCGUCGCCAUCCUGGAGGGAAUGAGCGAGCCGAACCGUGAAGCCAGGUACGAUGGCGCUGAGGGGCCGAUCGUACCGCAUAAGACGUCCGUCGCCAUCCUGGAAGAGAUGCGCGAUCCGAACGUGAAAGAGACACGAUGGCGCUGAGAAGCCGAUCGUGCUGCAUAAGACGGUCGUCGCCAUCCUGGAGGGAAUGGGCGAGCCGAACCGUGAAGCCAAGUACGAUGGCGCUGAGGGGCCGAUCGCACUGCAUAAGACGUUCGUCGCCAUCCUGGAAGGGAAUGGGGCGAUCCGAACGUGAACGAGACACGAUGGCGCUGAGAAGCCGAUCGUGCUACAUAAGACGGUCGUCGCCAUCCUGGAGGGAAUGGGCGAGCCGAACCGUGAAGCCAAGUACGAUGGCGCUGAGGGGCCGAUCGCACUGCAUAAGACGUUCGUCGCCAUCCUGGAAGGGAAUGGGGCGAUCCGAACGUGAACGAGACACGAUGGCGCUGAGAAGCCGAUCGUGCUACAUAAGACGGUCGUCGCCAUCCUGGAGGGAAUGGGCGAGCCGAACCGUGAAGCCAGGUACGAUGGCGCUGAGGGGCCGAUCGCACUGCAUAAGACGUUCGUCGCCAUCCUGGAAGGGAAUGGGGCGAUCCGAACGUGAACGAGACACGAUGGCGCUGAGAAGCCGAUCGUGCUACAUAAGACGGUCGUCGCCAUCCUGGAGGGAAUGGGCGAGCCGAACCGUGAAGCCAGGUACGAUGGCGCUGAGGGGCCGAUCGCACUGCGUAAGACGGUCGUCGCCAUCCUGGAGGGAAUGGGCAAGGCGAACCGUGAGUCUGGACACGAUGGCGCUGAGGGGCCGAUCGUGAUGCAUAAGACGUUCGUCGCCACCCUGGAAGGGAUGGACGAGCUGAACGUGAGCUGGGUACGAUGGCGCUGAGGGGCCGAUCGUACUGCAUAAGACGGUCGUCGCCAUCCUGGAAGGGAAUGGGCGAGCCGAACCGUGAGUCUGGACACGAUGGCGCUGAGGGGGCCGAUCGUGAUACAGAAAAAUAGUGAUGAUCAUCUCAUGGCCCUCGGCCUGUCGGUGAGUGGUAAUCGUCCCACGGCCCUCGGCCGUGCUGGUGAUGUGUCAAGUCUCUCUCCUGAUUGGCUGUGAGAAGCCGAUCGUCUGCCAGGACUCCAUCCGGGAAGGAAUGGUGAGCCUGAAAUAAAUCUGGGCGAUGUCCCUUCUACCUGAUCUGGGGAGCUAAUCGUCGUUUGAGGCAAAAGAAAGCCUGAUGUUAGCCGAUCGUCGUCGGCCACCUCAUUCUUCGCACUUAAGUUUUGUAAUUAUUCUUUACAUAUGUUUUUCAGUUUGUACUUCCCGGCCAAUAGCGCCGAGGGAUAAAAUCAUUCUUUGCUCCGUGCUCUUCUGGCAUAUUUUUUUUUUUUUUUUUUUUUUUUUUUUUUUUUUGGAGUCUUUUAGUCUUCGUUCGUCAUUGGUCCUUGGUCCUACCGGCGUUCUUACAUCGAAGAUACGUUCGGUAUCCGCGGACAUCGCAAUGAGGAACAGGUAUAUCUACAUCGAGAUUCCCUCCUUUUUCGUUUGUCCCUGGUCCUUUUAGUCUUACCGGCGUCUCUUGCAUCGAAGAAGACGUUCGGUACCCAAGGAACUCGCAGGGACGAACUGGUUUACCCUCACGGGUUCCCGUCUUUGUUAUCCCACGUCCAUCGAUCCAUGGUCAUUGUGGGAUGAACAGGUUUAUCUUGGCAAGGCUCCCUUGGUUCGUCUAGCCCCCUCCGCGUCUCUACUAACCUCUACAUCGAGAGGCGUUCGUCUUCGGCGGUGGGAGAAGAUCUGGCACACCCGGGCAAGAUUCCCUUCCACAUAGGAGCUACCCUCCUCUUCUCCCCAUCUUUUUUCUUUUUCUUUUUUUUUUUUUUGUUUGAGGGAGGCAAUCUAUACUCUUCGUUCGUCAUUGGUCCUUGGUCCUACCGGCGUUCCUACUUCGAGGAGACGUUCGGUAUCCGCGGACAUCUCAAUGAGGAACAGGUUUAUCUGCAUCGAGAUUCCCUGGUGCUUCGUUCGUCCCUGGUCCUUGGUCCUACCGGCGUCCUUACUUCGAGGAGACGUUCGGUAUCCGCAGACAUCGCAAGGAGGAACAGGUUUAUCUGCAUCGAGAUUCCCUGGUGCUUCGUUCGUCCCUGGUCCUUGGUCCUACCGGCGUCCUUACUUCGAGGAGACGUUCGGUAUCCGCAGACAUCGCAAGGAGGAACAGGUUUAUCUGCAUCGAGAUUCCCUGGUGCUUCGUUCGUCCGUCCCUGGUCCGUGGUCCUACCGAUCUUCCUACAUCGAAGAAGACAUUCGGUAUCCAAGAAACUCGCAGGGAUCACGGGAUGUCACACAUAAUGGUGGUGGCAUACCAAAACGAAUAAAAUGACGAGGCGACGGAAUAGCUGGUCGUCAUGCGAAGGCGAUGGUCACCCUCCUGGAGGGGAGGGGUGAGCCCGAUCGCUGACUCAAGAAGGUCGGCAUUGGGAGCCGAUAUACAAUGAUCAUAAUAUCGCUGAGCAGUCGGUCCUGAUAACGGAGAUGGCAAUAGUGUCCAGUCAGGCCGAUAUAUCCGAGCAACGGCUAACAUCCAACGCAGCGCGGGGAUGAAACCGGUCUUCAAAAGAUAAAUAUGUUGUGCCGAGAGGCCGAACAUAACAUGAUAGUGUCGGCAGUGAGAGGCCGACCCGAAAGAAUCAAACAACGGUCCCCGUCCGCGGGGUGGCGGGGACGAGGCCGGUCUUCAAGAGAUAAGCACGCCGAGCCGAGAGGCCGGUCGUAGUAUAAUGGUGUCGGCAAUGAGCGGCCGAUCUGAGAAAAUCAAGCAACGGCCCUCGUCCGCGAGGGAGAGGACGAGGCCGGUCUUCAAAAGAUAAGCACGCCGAGCCGAGAGGCCGGUCGUGGUAUAAUGGUGUCGGCAAUGAGCGGCCGAUCUGAGAAAAACAGGCACGGUCCUCGUCCGCGAGGGCGGGGACGAGGCCGGUCUUCAAAUAUGAUAAUCACGCCAUGCCGAGAGGCCGGUCGUGAUAUGACGAUAUCGGCAAUGAGAGGCCGAUCUGAGAAAACAAGCAACGGUCCUCAUCCGCGCAGUGCGGGGACGAGGCCGGUCUUCAAAUAUGAACACGCCGAGCCGAGGGGCCGGUCGUGGUAUGAUAAUGUCGGCAAUGAGAUGCCGAUCAAGAUAUGGUCAAGCAACGGUCCUCGUCCGCGAGGUGGCGGGGACGAGGCCGGUCUUCGAAUAUGGUAAUCACGCCGGUCCGAGAGGCCGGUUGUGAUAUAAUGAUGUCGGCGAUGAGAGGCCGAACAUGAUGUGGCAGUGUCGGCAAUGAGGGUCGACCUGCAAUCCAGCAACGGCUCUCAUCGGCGCAGUGCGGGGACGAGGCCGGUCUUCAAAAGAUAGGCACGCCAAGCCGAGAGGCCGGUCGUGGUACGACGGUGUCGGCAAUGAGAGGCCGACAUGAAAGAACCAAGCAACGGUCCUCAUCCGCGCAGCGCGGGGACGAGGCCGGUCUUCAAAAGAUGAACACGCCGAGCCGAGGGGCCGGUCGUGGUAUGAUAAUGUCGGCGAUGAGAGGCCGACCUGAAAAUCAGGAUGGUCUCACGGCCCUCGGCCGUGAUGGUCUCCUCUAGGCCCUCGGCCUCUGAAUGAUGGAUGAUCGUCUCACGGUCCUCCGCCGUGGUAGUCCACUAUAGUCCUCGGCCUCUAGGUGUUCUCUCCUAGGACAUCGGUCUCUGGGGUGGAGAUGCUCGUCUCACGGUCCUCCGCCGUGGUAGUCCACUAUAGACCCUCGGCCUCUAGGUGUUCUCUCCUAGGCCAUCGGUCUCUGGGGUGGAGAUGCUCGUCUCACGGUCCUCCGCCGUGAUGGUCUCCUCUUUAGCUGGCCCUGAACGUCUUCAAGACUCGGGCCGAGCGUCUUUUAAUCAUUUCACUCGAGCGCGUCGAGUGAUUUCAGCUGCGCAAUAAGCAUGGUAACGGCCACAUGGCCCAACAAUAAAUAUGCACACAUAACCAUCUGCAUGGCUUCCUCUUUAACAUCCACGAAUACCGGCCUAUGGGUCAUCGUGACCCUCGGCCCGGCUCAUCGUGCGGGACUAAUGGAUGUAGCAGCUCGCGGCGGGGCCAACUGGCAGCCCGCCGAACGUCACAUAGAGAUAUUCAUCGGUCCGUGAGUUUUCAAACUCAGACCCAAGUUGGUCGCACUGACCUCAGAAAAAGGAGGUUGGGUGCUUUGGUGCCUUCGGGCCCCACAGGCCACGUUUGGCAAUAGUCAUUUCGCUUAAUGGCGUAAAUGAUACUGGGGUAUGAUUGUCGAUCGGGCACGUAGUGCCGUGCGGACUAUUGCGUAACCCUCAAAUUAAAAUGCGUCGUCGGGGCGCCGCCCUUCUGGAGACGCUCGGAUCACUUAAUCAAGCUGAUCAAGAGUGGGCCGACAGGCCCACAAGAAAUUAAAUAUUUAAUAAAAUGUUGGCUAAACCAACCAUCACUAGAGCUUCGCUCCACAUUAUUUAAUUCGGGACAUUUUUAUCCUCAAUAAAUAAUAGUGAUUAAACAGGUAAUAGCAAUGAUAUUUUCCUAUCAAAGGUCAUUCAGAUACGCUCCGCUCGCUAAUUAAAGCCGAUCAGGAGCGGGCCCAGAGGCUCACAACAACCAGUCAUUAAAUUUAAAUGACGGUGAAACAAAUUAUCACUUAGAGCAUCGCUCUCAUUAUUUAAUUUCGGGAGUUUUAAUCCCUAAUAAUUAAGAGUGAUGUACGGGUAGUAAUAAUAUUAUUAUCCUACCAUAGGCUAUUCAGAUAUGCUGCGUUUGCUAAUUAAAGCCAAUUGGGAGCGGGCCGACAGGCCCACAACAACAGUCAUUAAUUUUAAUGACGGUGAAAUUAAUUAUCACUGGAGCUUUACUCAUUUGAGCGUUGUUCGACAUUAUUUAAUUGCGGGAUAUUUUAGUCCCUAAUAAAUAAUGGUGAUAAAAAUUCCAACAAAACAAUAAUAGGAAUCUAAGUUUCUGACAUCAUUAUUCCAAAUAAUCCUUUAAUCUGUAAAGUAGGGAGUUCGUAUGAAUGGUAUGAUACUUAGCUUUUGCAGUCAAAAUCUUCUGCCAAGGGGUGUUGGAGGCUGGUUGACCGCUCAAAAUUUGAAGAAA